UCAAUGUCAAAUCGAAUUUCGUAAAGAUACGAAAGUGGGAAUGUAUUGUAAGAUUAUAUUAGUUUCUUGUGUAAAAUGAAAUAAAUGUUUUAAUUUAUUUAAUAAUUAGUUAAAUAAAAAACUUAACAAUGAACCGUCUUGUGUGCAUGAACCGUUGCUACAUCAAUACAUUGAGAAAUAAUGUUGUUAUUAAUUCCUCAAUACUUGCCCCGAAAAGGCCGAUACAGCCUAGUUUAUUUAUUAGUCGCGGAACCCAUGACCAGAAGCAUAAAAUUAAGUCAACCCUUAACUAUAUGAUAGCUGUUGGAGUAAUGACUGUAGGUUUAAGUUAUGCUGCUGUACCAUUAUACAGGAUAUUUUGUCAGGCUUACAGUUAUGGUGGCACCACAGGUUUAGCAGAAGCAGAUGAUAUUAGCCACAUGGCCGCCAUCAAAAAUAGACCAAUCAAGAUCAGGUUUAACGCAGACACUGCAUCCUCUAUGCAGUGGAACUUUAAACCUCAGCAGAUGGACAUCACUGUAGUGCCUGGCGAAACUGCCCUAGCAUUUUACACUGCCCUGAACCCGACAGACAAGCCAGUGACUGGCAUUAGUACAUACAAUGUGAUCCCAUUUGAAGCUGGCCAGUACUUCAACAAGAUUCAGUGUUUCUGCUUUGAGGAACAACAGCUUAACCCACACGAGAAGGUGGACAUGCCAGUAUUCUUCUACAUCGAUCCAGAGUUUACUGAUGACCCAAAGAUGGAAUUUGUGGAUGAGAUUGUGUUAUCAUACACUUUCUUUGAGGCUAAGGAGGGCAUGAAACUGCCUGUGCCUUCAUAUGUCAAGUAAAGAGUAUUAGAUUCUAGAUAAAUGAAGUUACUUUACUAUACAUUCACUUGUAAAUGAAUUUUAAGUGUGUAAAGGGAGAACUUAAACCAAAGCCUUAAGAAAAGGUAUGUUUGCAAGUGAGAGUAGAGCUGUGUACAGAAAUAUGAAUUUGUUAAGUUUUAUUAUUGAAAUAGACGUGAGCCAGCAUCUUUGUUGGUUUUUAUUUUCAA